CAUCGUGCACAGACUGUUUCUCUGCUCGAGACUUUCCCGCGCCUUGCAUUAUACCAAUUCCACCACACACACACACACACACACACAGAGAAGGGAGCACCAUGUUAUUGUUAACAGAAACUACAUCAACAACUAUGCGGGUCUCUCCACAGCACCACUGUCCUGGACAGAAUUCUCUCACAUCUCAAAACGGGUUUGUUUCCUUCCCAAAAUCUUCAACAACUUCUCGUGCAGUAUCUUCCGACAUGGGUAAUCCUCAUACAACUCUUCCACCUUCUGGGUCUUUCAAGAAACCCAUAAAUCAACCAAUUACGGACUGCAACACCCAAAUUCGCAAGUUUUGCGAAGUGGGUAAUCUUAGAAUGGCCAUGGAUUUGGUCUGCAAUGCUCAAAAAUCUGAACUUGAGUUAGCAACCUAUUGUUCAGUCUUGCAGCUGUGUGCUGAUUUUAAGUCUCUGGAUGAGGGUAGGAAAGUUCAUUCCUUUAUUGAUUCUUGUGGCAUUGAAAUGCAGAAUGCUUUAGCCCCAAAACUUGCCUUUAUGUAUCUGAGUUGUGGAGAUUUGAGAGAGGGGAGGAGGGUUUUCGACAGGAUGGCGAAUGAAAAGGUUUUCCUGUGGAACAUGCUGCUGAGUGAGUAUGCAAAGAUUGGUAAUUUUGAGGAAAGUAUAAUGUUGUAUGAAAGAAUGGUAGAGUUUGGAGUUGAGGCAAAUUCGUAUACGUUUUCUUGUAUUUUGAAGUGCUUAGCAGCUAAGAAAAGUGUCGUGAAAGGUGAACGGGUUCAUGGGUAUUUGCUGAAAUUAGGGUUUGGUGCUUAUAAUACUGUUGUGAAUUCUCUAAUUGCAUUUUACUUCAAAUGCGGGAGAACAGAAAGCGCACGCAAGUUGUUCGAUGAAUUGUGUGACCGAGAUGUGAUAACGUGGAAUUCCAUGAUAAGUGGGUAUACAGCCAACGGCCUUGCAGAGAAGGGAGUUGAGGUUUUCAUUGAUAUGCUUAGGACGGGAAUUAGACUUGAUUUGGCCACAAUUGUCAGUGUUCUUGCAGCUAGUGCGAACGUCGGUGUCAUUUCAUUAGGUAGAUCACUUCAUGCUUAUGCAAUAAAAGCUGGAUUCAACAAGGAAAUCACUUUCAACAAUACUUUGAUAGGCAUGUAUACGAAUUGCGGUGAUAUUGAUGGUGCGUCUCAUAUUUUUUACAAUCUAGGGGAAAGAAGUGUUGUUUCAUGUACUUCAAUGAUUGCUGGGUAUGCUCGAGAUGGUCUAUCAGACAAGGCAAUCGCAUUAUUUCAUGAAAUGAAAAUGGAAGGAAUUAAACCCGACAUCUUUAGUGUUACGAGCAUCCUUCAUGCAUGUGCUUGUAGUGGGUCACUGGAGGAUGGCAAGGAAGUACACAAUUAUAUCAGGGAAAAUAAUAUGGACUUAGAUGUGUCAGUGUCUAAUGCUCUCAUGGACAUGUAUGCAAAAUGUGGAAGCAUGGAAGAUGCUCUAUCUGUUUUUAGUCAGAUGCUUAUUAAGGAUAUAGUGUCGUGGAAUACCAUGAUUGGCGGUUACUCAAAAAACUCCAUGCCGAAUGAAGCACUUCAUUUGUUUGGUGCAAUGCAGCAAGAAUUAAAGCCUGACAUUGUAACAUUGACCUGUGUCCUUCCCUCUUGUGCUAGCCUAGCAGCUUUGGAUAGAGGAAGGGAGGUUCAUGCUCAUUCGUUGAGAAAUGGCUUGGCUUUCGAUAAUUAUGUUGUUAAUGCACUUAUUGACAUGUACGUGAAAUGCGGUGCAUUAGUCCUUGCACAGUCACUCUUUGACAAGACCCCUGUAAAGGACUUGGUCUCAUGGGUAGUAAUGGUUGCUGGAUAUGGAAUGCAUGGUUUUGGGAGAGAAGCUAUUGCUGCCUUUAAGAAGAUGAGAAAAGCAGGCAUUGUGGCUGAUGAAGUUUCUUUCAUCUCUAUUCUCCAUGCUUGCAGUCAUUCAGGAUUACUUCAUGAAGGAUGGAGAUUUUUCGAUAUUAUGAGAAACGAUUGCAAUAUAAAGCCCAAGCUGGAACACUACGCUUGUAUGGUAGAUCUUCUUGCCCGCUCCGGGAAAUUAUCAAAAGCGUAUAGGUUUGUUGAGACAAUGCCUAUUGAGCCCGAUGCUUCUGUCUGGGGUGCUUUGCUCUGUGGCUGCAGAAUCCACCACGAUGUAAAGCUGGCAGAGAAAGUAGCGGAACAUAUAUUUAAAUUAGAGCCAGAUAACAUGAGGUAUUAUGUACUUAUAGCGACUAUCUAUGCAGAGGCAGAAAAGUGGGAAGAAGUGAAAAAAUUGAAGGAGAGGAUUGGCCGACGUGGCUUAAGAAAAAACCCAUGCUGCAGUUGGAUAGAGAUCAAGGGAAAACAUCAUAUCUUUGUUGCUGGAGAUAAUUCCUACCCACAGGCCAAAACGAUAGAUUCCUUAAUAAAGGAGUGGAGUACGAAGAUGAAGGCCGAAGGUUAUUUUCCGAAAUUGAGGUAUGCUUUAACCAAAGGAGAGCACAUGCAGAAGGAAACACCUCGUUGUGGCCACACGGAGAGGCGGGCGAUGGCUUUUGGCAUAAUGAGCUUUCCACCCGGAAAAAUCAUACGGAUCACCAAGAACCUUAGAGUGUGCAGUGAAUGUCAUGAGAUGGCCAAGUACGUGUCAAAGAAGGUUGGGAGUGAGAUUGUCUUGAGAGAUUCCAAUCGCUUCCACCAUUUCAAGAAUGGGUCUUGUUCUUGCAGAGGUUAUUGGUGAACUUUGUGGGAUUAUAUUAGCAGGUCAAAACGCAGAGGUACCCUCAUACAGGUUGAUUGGUAAUUUCAUUUUGGAUUGCCACAGAAGUAGAUAGAUCAUCCUCCUUUCCGAACUAACACGUUCGGUGACUGUUCGGUUCCGAACAAACAUUUUACCUCUUUCAGACACUUGUUACGCUGCAUAUGUGAAAUCCAGAGAGUUCAACGCUAUUUUGGCUCGCCUUGUGGGCUGAUUGAAGUGCUGUAUUGUGUUCUAAAACAAGGAAUUAAUCGCAGACUAAUUGUCGAUUAAUUGUUGGCAAGGCCUAUCCGAUUAGGUCCGACUGAUGAUUAAUUGCCUACUCAUUAAUAUGAACCAAUUAAUCGCUCGAAAGUUGCCGACCGCCCUAUUAGCGCCUAGCGACUUUUAGAACAUUGCAGUCCAGGCAUGAAACCUCCAAGUUAUAAUGAGACACGGGUGACCUAUUUGAACAAGGAGGUGACCCAUUCUAAUUAAUGAUUUAAGGAUCACAGAAAGAUUGGGGAAAUUUAGAUGCUCUAUAAUGGCGGAUGGAUGGAGUGCUAGGAAUGGGAGGGACUUCAAUCAAUUUUCUAGUGAACCGUCAAGAGGAACAAUGUUUAUCGAAUCCAUCGAUGCCUCAAGCUAUUCUAUGAAUGGACAAAAACUGUUUGAAGAGUAGUCCGUCGGCUAAUGUACUGGCCAGUUAGAAUCUCAUCACUUCAUAAAAAAAGUUCCCAGCUUGUUU